AUGAAACGAAAGGUUGGCUCGGCAGUUGGAAACAAGAACUACGAUAAUAAAAUCUGUGUGGCGGAGAUUUUCAAGAAGGCACGAACGAAACAAUCCAAUAAGCGAGAGAAAAGUCUAAUCAGUAAUAAAGAAGAAAUAAGGAAACGGAAGAGUAGAAGAAAUAUUUUUGUGGCGGAGAAGGUGGUAGUGGUAAUGGAAAAAAGUGUUCGUGCUAGUGGAACUAUUAUCGUUACCAAUAAUAAUAUAGUGGAG